AUGGCAUGGUGGGCCAAGCUGGCCUUCCUGGUGAUCGGUAGCUGCGGGCCAGUGCACUGGCUGCCCACUUCGCUCCCGCGAGUGGCACCGUGGACGGUCACAGACAUUGACUCGGUCUUUGAGCCCACAGAACCGGCACCAUGCUGGAGACGAGUGGACAGCCUGUCGCAAUGUUGCAGACGAGAAGGGUUUCAAACUUGUGGUGGCGAUAACGUGCGCUCAAGAUGUUGCGCAUUUCCAGGGAGCGUAAUUCACGGAGACGGCUUGCUGCAUGACGUUGAGGAGGAAUGCUGGGUCACAACCAGCCCCAUGAAUGUAACGCAAGACGUCAAUGGCCCUUUCUGGGUUCGGCAGCGAAACUACCUGGUCAGCUGGGUCCUGGCUCACCAGCCCAGUGAUGUGCUGGAUACCCCUCUGAGAGAGCAUGGAGAGAUUUCAGAGGAGAUGUCAGCCCUCCUUGCCGCAGAAUGCGAGCUCGGCAUCAUCGCGCUCCAACUGCUGCAGAGCGCCACCUGCAGCGGCACCCGCGCUGCCGCAGCUGAGCAGGUGCUCCGGAUGCCUUGGCCGGCGGCAGUGCUCAGCGGAUGGCCUGUCUUCCUCCUCUUGGCGCAUGCCGCCGACGAUGCCGGCUGCAGCCUGCCGGCUUCGGUCAACAGCUCUGGAGGCACGGAAGUUGGGAAAGAUGCGCUGGUGCUCGAGGCCUUGGAAGAGCUCUGCGGAAAGAUGGAGGCCGCCGUUGCAGCCGUGGCCCGGCAAGCGGCCGAGGCCGCCUCGUCACAGGAGCACCUUGUGAUCCAGCCUGGGGAGAGGCUUGCUGCACAGAUGGAGGCUGCCAAAGUCUCGCUGGAGCUCCUGCAGCACAUGGCCCUGACGGAAGCCCCAAAACCUGCCAGCCUAUGGCAUAUUCUGCACCGACUGCAGGAAGCACUCAGCUUGCGAGGGACCUGUCCACCAGGCACGUUUCUCACAAAGGCCCGUGCCUUGGGCUGGGAGUAUCGCAUCUGCAUACGUCAGCCAGAAUCUGUGGGGUCCUGGCUGGGGGGAAGCUUAGUGGACAAGCGGAUUCUCAACCAGGGCCAGUGGUCGGAAUGCGCUUUAUCUGCAGAACUCCUUCCCCCGCCUGCGUCGCACCUAAGCCCGCAACACUGGCACGCUGCUGGAAGCGGCUGCAUCGUCAUCGACCUUGGUGCCAACAUCGGCGCGUGCACGCUUCUUUUUGCUUCAAUGGGUCAUCGGGUCAUUGCCGUGGAGCCCGAGCCAUCCAAUCUGCUCAUGUUGCACGCUUCCCUCAGUUUGCCGCAGCCCCGCGACACCACACUGGGCUUCGGCAAAGUGGCCAUCUCACCAGCUGCUGUCGAUGAAGAGGCUGGAACUGUGCAGCUGAGACGGAACCCGUUCGACGCUGGCAACAGCACCAUGAUCCGAAGCAGUGAGGAAACGGUUCCUGCUGCAGCGGAGGAGCUGCAGCCAGCAAUGGUCGAAUUUUCCAGCGUUGUCCCUGCACGUCGGCUCGACGAUAUAGCAGAGGAGCAGGCUUUCCGUCUCGGCGGCUCGCUUUCAGAUAUUUGUAUGAUGAAGAUGGACAUCGAGGGAGCUGAACUCAGGGCACUGCGAGGUGCCCCGAAGUUACUGUCCGGGCCACUGCGUGCCAUAUCCUUCGAGUUCUCACCAGGACCAUCAGAUGCAGAUAUAGCAGAAGCAGUUGCGUUGCUUCAGUUGUUGGCAGAGCACGGUUUUGUGAUUUUUGGACAUCGCGGUAUGACCAGCGGAGUCGUUAUUAGCGAAGAACGUGAGUAUGCAACUCAUGAGUUUGAAAAGCUGGCACGGCAUGUGGCUUCGCUCCGUGCACCCGGUCUGCUGUCCGCGCUGAAGAUUUAA